AGGUAGACCAACGGCUGUCCAAAUGCUGCGUUUUGGACUUCGGAGCGAAUUGCCCUCUUCCUUUUCGGCGAGUUUCUCUCUUCGAUUAUUCUCCUCGCCGAAGCCUCCCUCCGCCGGAAGCGGCCGAAACAUCCGACCAACGCCACAAUGUCGUCCGGAUUGAGCAAUGGCAUUAGGGUUUUCAGAGGCUGUAGAGCCCUCUUAGCUCCGUCGAAAUCCUCAGCUUCCGUUCCCGCCGCCGCCGCCGCCAAAUCGAAGGCGACAGGGAAACCGAAGUCGGAGUCGAAGGAGAAGACUGCACCGAGCUCCGAUACUGCCGCUGCAGCCGCGCCCAAGCCGAAAAUCAAAAGGGAAAUGACUCGGCCGGCGGGGAUUCUGAAGGUCGCCCAGGUUUCUCCGGCGUUGGGCAACUUCUUGGGCGUACCGGAGGCAUCUCGCACCGAUGCCGUCAAGCAGAUCUGGUCCUACAUCAAGCUCCAUAACCUUCAGAACCCUGCUAACAAGAGAGAGAUCUACUGCGACGAUAAACUUAAAGCCAUAUUCGAAGGAAGAGAAAAGGUUGGUUUCUUGGAGAUCGGAAAAUUGCUCGCUCGCCAUUUUGUGAAGAACUGAUCAAUGCAGGUGAUGAGGGAGAUCAAAUUCCAGUACAUUUUGAGGCUUUUAUCUUCCAAAUCCUUCUGGUUGUUGAUAGAUAGCCUUGUUUGGCUGAUGUUUUUAAGGCAAUAUUGAUCAACUUCUUCUCAAUGGUGCAUUUUCUUUUAGGUUUUAUUUACUUCAAUGUGAUGAUGGUCUGGUAAGUUUUCUUGUUGGGCAUUUUGUAAAAAAGAAAGCACCAAAUUAGAUGGCUUCCAUUUUCUUCACAAGCCUUAGCUUUUUUCUGUUUUCUUUUCUACAAUACUCCUCUUGGUUCAUGGAAGUAGAGCAUUUGCCUAUUUUAUUUUAGAUUCAAAUGCCAUUAUUGUUCUUUGAA